AUUCAGCGGAUUGGUGCUGUUGUAGGCUAUCAGAAAGUAACCAAAAAGGCGUUUUGGAGCCGUAGGCCGGUAGGAGAGAGCCAUCAUGUCUUCCAGUUCAGCGACAACCAGGAUCCUGAUCAAGGGUGGCAAGGUGGUGAACGAUGACGUGACGCAGGAGGCAGACGUCUACAUUGAGAACGGCAUCAUCAUGCAGGUGGGGGAGGGGCUGAUGAUCCCGGGAGGGGCCAAGGUGAUUGACGCUUCUGGGAAACUGGUCCUCCCCGGGGGGAUCGACACCAGUGUGCACCUCCAGCAGACGUUCAUGAAUGCUACCACCGUGGACGACUACUACAGCGGCACCAAGGCAGCCCUGGCUGGAGGGACCACCAUGGUUAUAGGACAUGUGUUACCAGAGAAGAACGAAUCUCUGCUGGAAGCCUAUGAGAAGACCCGCUCCCAGGCUGACAGUAAAGCCUGCUGCGAUUACGCCCUGCAUAUGGGGGUCACCUGGUGGGGGCCAAAGGUACGAGCUGAGAUGGAGAGCCUGGUGAGAGAUAAAGGCAUCAACUCGUUCCAGAUGUUCAUGGCCUAUAAGGACCUGUUCAUGCUGAGGGACUCUGAGCUCUUCCAGGCCCUACAGAACUGUAAGGACAUCGGGGCCGUGGCCCGCGUACUCGCUGAGAACGGAGAGCUGGUGGCCGAGGGCGCCAAGGAGGCAUUGGACCUGGGCAUCAGCGGCCCUGAGGGCAUCGAGAUCAGCAGACCAGAGGAGCUGGAGGCAGAGGCCACCCAUCGUGCGAUUACCAUCGCCAAUAGGGCCCACUGCCCUAUCUACCUUGUCAACGUGUCCAGCAUGUCAGCAGGAAAUGUGCUCGCCACAGCCAAGAUGCAGGGUAAAGUAGUCCAUGGGGAGACGACCACGGCCCAUGCAGUGCUAAACGGUCUGCAGUACUACCACCAGGACUGGGCCCAUGCUGCAGCCUACGUCACAGUGCCUCCUCUACGUCUGGACCCCAAUACACCAAACUACCUGAUGAGUCUACUGGGGAAUGACACGCUGAACGUAGUGGUGUCUGACCACCGUCCCUUCACCACCAAACAGAAGGCUAUGGGCAAGGAUGACUUCACAAAGAUACCCCACGGAGUCCCGGGCAUCCAGGACCGCAUGAGCGUCAUCUGGGAGAGAGGAGUGGUUGGAGGCAAGAUGGAUGAGAACCGUUUUGUUGCGGUGACCAGUUCCAACGCAGCUAAGAUCUACAACCUUUACCCCAGGAAGGGUAGGAUCAUCCCAGGGGCUGACGCUGACGUGGUGGUCUGGGACCCAGAAGGGACCAGGACCAUCUCUGUGGACAACCAGGUGCAGGGUGGAGACUACAACCUGUACGAGAGUCUCCGUUGCCAUGGUGUCCCCCUGGUUACCAUCAGCCGUGGCCGUCUGGUCUAUGAGAACGGCGUGUUCACGUGUUCUGAGGGCUCUGGGAAGUUCUAUCCUCUCAGGACCUUCCCAGACUACCUCUAUAAAAAGAUGGUGCAGCGGGAGAAGUGUCAGGCCCUGAAGGCGGUGGAGCGUGAGCCGUACGAAGGAGACGUAGCAGUGAUGCAUUCUGGGAAGAAGGACUGUGGACCGUGUGACGGGGACACUCCAACACGACCACACACCAAGCACGGAGGACAGAGAGACCUGCAUGAGUCUAGCUUCAGCCUUUCUGGUUCCCAGAUCGAUGAUAAAACCCCAAAGAGAUCUUCUGCGAGGAUUCUGGCCCCCCCAGGUGGUCGAUCCAGUGGAAUCUGGUAACUGUGUGGAAGACUAGCGAGUUCUAGAACCAAACGGCUACCAUAGUUCUCAAUUACAAUGAAGAAUGGAACCAGGGCCAACCAAGACGACUGCUUGUUACGUUCACCCAGAAAGCAUAAAAAGAAAAACAUCAUUCACAUUUUAUUUGAAAAACGAACGCACGUAGUAUUUAGUGUAUACAUGAUGACCGUCUGAAUAACAUUUUAUAUGACAUUUUAGUAUUGGGAUAUCUGCCUGUAUGGUCGAAACCUGAACAAUAUUGGGCUUAACUUUAAAAAAA